AUGCUGUUUUCGAAGGAAACUCUCAAGUCUUUUGCACAAUCAAAAGGAAUCUCCAACAUUGAUGACGAUGCACUGAGGGUGCUAUCACAGGAUCUGGAAUACAGGAUCAAGGAGGUGUGCCAGGAGGGAAGCAAGUUCAUGGUUGGAUCUAAGAGGACAAAGCUGUCGAUUGACGACAUCAACUAUGCACUGAUCAGUAGAAACGUAGACCCUCUCUUUGGAUACGACCCACAGGAAAGCCUAGUUUUCCGCGGCCUUCCGUCUAAUGUAUACUAUGUUCCUGACGAGGAGAUUGACCUGGAAGAGUAUCUCGAUAGGCCUCUUCCAAAGAUUCCUCUCCGGCCUUCCAUUCAAUCGCAUUGGCUGGCGAUUGAGGGAGUCCAGCCGCAGAUUCCUUACAACCCCAUACUUCUUGAGAAGCCUGUUGCAAAGAAGGAUACACUCGGAACAUACCAGGAAGAGGCCGAGCUGAAGUCCCAGAACAGGCACAUGCUUACUAAGGAGCUUAGCAUGUAUUUUGACAAGGUCAUCCAGGCAAUGGAAACCGACGAGCAGAUAGCCAUGGAGUGCUUGCAUAACGAAAGCGGGAUUCAGCAGCUUGUUCCGUACUUUGUCCACCACUUCAAUGAGCAGAUAAUGAAGAACAUAAAGAACAAGGAGAAGCUCAUGACAGUCAUAAUGGUCUACAACUCACUGCUUCGGAACAAGUACAUCUUCAUUGAUCCAUAUCUCCACCAGGUUCUUCCUUCGCUUAUAACAUGCGUGAUUGGGAAGAGCGUUGAUGAUGAGGUUAGGAGAGUAGCCUCGGAUGUUGUCAAGUAUGUCUUCAGCAACUUUUCUGGGUCUUACAAGACCCUUGCGCCAAGAAUCAUCAACACCCUCAGCAAGGCAUGGCUGGACAAAGAGAAGACCGAGUCCACACAGUAUGGCGCACUUCUUUGCCUAAGCUCUCUAUCCAAGCAUGUUGUGGAGACAGUCAUAAAGCCAAAGGCAGACUACUAUGCCAGGGAAAUCAACAACCCAAAGGUUGCCGAGCUUCUAAAGCAGGUUUUGAAGGCAGACGAGCUUUAA